GUCACAGCAGCUGAUUUCUGUUUUGAACUUGGCAAUGAAAAUGAUAUAACAAACAAAACAACUACGAGAAGCCAGCCCAACACAACAAAUAAAUAACUAAAUGGACCAUGUUGUCCACUUCCUCAAGGCAUUGUUGGCUUCUUCAAAGGGCGAAGAUAUCGACCAGCAGCACACUGCUUGCAGAUCACUACGAUGUCUUGGGUAUAUCACGGAAAGCAACGCAAACUGAAAUCAAAGCUGCUUAUUAUCGUCUCUCGAUGUUGUACCAUCCAGACAAGAACCAAGGAAGUGAUUCGGCAGCUUUGAAAUUCAGAGAGAUAACACAAGCCUACGAGGUGUUGGGCAACUAUAAACUACGGAGGCUAUACGACAAAGGUGUAAUACACACAACAACCGAACGACCCGAGGAAUCAAUGAGAGGCGCAGAACCGGAAGAAGAAGAUGAUCCAUCGACAAAAUUCUACAAAUCACGCUUUACAAAAUCCACGGUCGCCGACAGUGACGGGCGUUCGCCCAUCUACAAUCUGGAUGAAUGGUCUCGCAUACAUUAUGCCAAUACGUUUCAACGACGCCAAAAUGCCAAGGAAAAAUAUAAUCGUACCAAGAAACAGGAAAAAGAUGGACGACUCAUGACCCAAAAUGAAAUAUUACUGUUUUUGAUUAUGGUAGCAACGGCACUGGUGUUCCUCAAAUUUUCUCCCGAGUCUACUUUUGGUUCAUCUAAGAAAAGUCCGACUAAUCAAAAGGAAACAGAAAAGGACAGUACUAAGACAUAGCUGAACUUUCUUUUUUGAAGAUUUAGUCAAUUUAGAUAUUUUUAUUUAAAUCGCCGUAAGAAUAAGAGUUAACCUAUUAAUGGCUAUCGAAACGAUUGUGUGAUGACAUUGUAUAGAAAUAAACUAUUAUUUAAAUCCAAA